AUGACGCGCGAAAACAUGGUGCCGUUACGGAUCACGGCUGGCCAGGAGCUCAACAACAAGUUUGGCGUCUUCAAGCAUUCAGACAUCAUCGGACUGCCUUAUGGGACGAAGGUGCCCUCCCACAGCGGCCGCGGCUUCGUCUACAUCCUCCGCCCAACGCCAGAACUAUGGACACUGUCGCUGCCCCAUCGAACUCAGAUCCUCUACUUAGCCGAUAUCGCAUUCAUCGUCAAUAGCCUUGACAUUCGCCCCGGCUCGUCCGUGAUUGAAGCUGGUCCGUACGCUCGUUUCCUCGAUCAGCUUCUCGGGUACACAUUCCCUCUCGCAGGCACUGGCUCGGGCUCGUUUUCUCACUCGGUUGCACGCACAAUUGGUAAUACUGGCCAUCUGUACUCGUUCGAGUUCCACCAGGAGCGCGCUGCAAAGGCCCGAUCCGACAUCAAGGGACGAGUUUGCCCGUCAUGGGAUGACAAUGGUACACCUGGAACACCGCAAUGUGGCGCUCGUUUGCCUCUAGACGGCUCGUCUCACCUCAGAUCCUCCUCCUCCUCUGUAGUCUUUCUCGAUCUUCCGGCUCCCUGGGAUGCUGUUCCACAUGCGAAAAUUGCCAUGAAGAAGGACCGUGCUACUCGCAUCUGCUGCUUCAGUCCUUGCAUGGAGCAGGUCCUGCGAACAGUCACGGCCCUCAACCAAUGUGGCUUCACCGACUUGACCAUGUACGAGACCCUCCUUCGGCCACACGACGUCCACCACGUCCCCAAACUCGUCUCAAUCGACACCAUCAUCGAGCAAGUCAAAUUGCAUGAAAUCAAGAAGGAACAGAGACGUCUCGAGCAGGUGGCCGCCUCUGACAGAAAGCGGAAUAGCCGUAAACGGAAGCGACAGGAGGACAACGAUAUAGCCGAGGAGGAUGGCCCCGAUCCAGAUCUAGGAACCGGUGAUCAGAAACGCAGAAGAGAUGUCGACGCAUCUUCACUCUCCACACCACUCACUGUCGCCCAGGUUCAAGUCGAACCAAAUACUGGCCCCGAACCAACCUCUUCCCUCAAAACGCGCAAAGAAUCGAGGUUGGCUGCCCUAGCCACAUCCACACCAAUGUCAAAGCCAAUGCCCGAAGUCCGGGGUCACACGUCGUAUCUCACUUUUGCCACCUUGCUACCCUUGGCAGAUGGUAAUUUCCAAGUUGGGAGUUCUAUGGUGGCAAAUGUACCCUCCGUAGACGCGACCUCCACUACAUUAGAUCGUCUGAUAGCCACAAUACCAGAAGAAAAUCUAGAACGCGCAUUGACUGGAUAA